ACUUUCAACGAAAAUCCAAGGUGGACACAGCACAAUAAGUCGCGUCAGAUUUCGUUUCUUUCUUUCCCCCAUUUCGAGACCUAAUACACAUCGUACUAUCUAUGCCAGGGUAUCGCCUUGAAUAUGCUUCAAGCAAUCGUGCCAAAUGCAAGGGCCCGAAACCUUGCGGUGGUAGCACUCUCACGAAAGGUAGCCUUCGUUUUGGUACCACAGUCGAGUUUCAAGGCAAACAAAGCUUCGCCUGGAGGCAUUGGGGCUGCGUUACCUCGAAAGUGCUGUCCAAUGUGAAGAGUGAACACCCAGAAGCGUCGGACGUCGAUGGAUUUGAAGACCUUCGCCCUGAAGACCAAGACAAAGUGACAAAAGCUUGGGAGGUUGGAAAUGUUGCAGACGAAGAUAUUCCCGAGACUGCGAGAAAGGCAGAUGGAGAUGGGGACGAGGAGGAGGAAGAUGAUAAGCCGAAGAAAAAAAGCCGUGCGACAAAGAAGAAAGCCGAUGAUGAUGGGGAGGAGAAACCCAAGAAACCUAGGGCUACAAAGGCGAAAGCGAAAAAUGCGGAAGAGGAUGGUGCUGGCGACGAAGAACCCAAGAAGGCAGAAAAGAAACCUCGUGCGAAGAAAACUACAGGAGAGGAGGACAAACCAAAAGCGAAGAAAGCUGCUCCCAAGAAACGUGCAACCAAGAAGAAGGAGGACUCUGACUCGGGCGAGGACUUUUCCAAGGACGUUGCUGAAGUAGAGAAAGGCAGUGAUGAGGAGGACGACGAUGAAGAACCGGCCCCCAAGAAAAAAGUAGCCAAGAAGCCUGCAAAGCCUGUAUCCAAGAAGAAGGCAGCGAAAAAGGAUGAUAAUGAGGACGGAGAUGAAGAUGCUGAAGAGGACCAGGAGGAAGGUACCAGUAAGAAGCGGAAGAAACCCGCUUCGAAAAGUGUUCAGAAACCAGCGAAGAAGCCGAGAGCCACUAAAAAGGCAGCAAAGGUAGACACCGAAGAGGAGGAAGAGGAGGAAUAGGUAAUUUGUUUACAUUCUAUGAAACACUGCUUUCCAAUCCAGUUUUUGUUGGUCGUUAAUAACUGCAUCUGCUUUGAUAGUCUUGUAAAUUAUGUAUACACAAACUGAUAAGUGCUUGUCUCCU